AACAUUUUGUUUAAAUUCUAGUUGUCAUCUUUUUGAAUAUCACGUUUUUCGUCAAAAUCGCAAAAUUCCAGUCUAUAUAUUUUCAAAUAACAUCGAGGUCAUCUACAUCAUCACAGCAUAAUAAAUUAAAUUUUAGUUCUAGACGUAGAUAUAGAUAGUAGGACAGUGACGUUCUAAAUACUUUUAUCUCUUUUAUCUUCAAUAAACGAAUACAAAAUUACGAUGCUUUCUACGCGUUUAAUCAGUUCCAUAUUAAAACUAACAUCCGCUGCUAUACGACGAGGAGGAAAACGUGCCAUGUCUGACGCCUGUGCCGCUGAAGCUGCCUGUGCCAUGGAAGAGAAAUUCCAGCUGCCAAAACGAUAUGGCAAAGGCGAAAAGAGUGUGUGGGUUGAGUUCAUUGAGGUGGCAGCCAAGACCAAGGCAUUGAACCUGGGCCAAGGAUUUCCAGAUUAUCCACCACCAAAAUAUGUCACAGAAGCCUUGCAGUCAGUGGCUUGCAGUGAUAAUCACUUGUUGAAUCAAUAUACCAGAGGAUAUGGGCAUCCAAGGUUAGUCAAUGCCUUAGCAAAACUAUACUCCAAGUUGCUCAACAGAGAAUUGGAUCCACUCACCAAUGUUCUGAUCACAAUUGGUGCCUAUGAGGCUCUGUUUACAGCUAUCAAUGGUCAUGUGAGUAAAGGUGAUGAAGUUAUUAUCAUUGAACCCUUUUUUGAUUGCUAUGAACCAAUGGUUCGAGCAGCUGGUGGCAUUCCAAGAUUUAUUCCACUUAGAAUGCUAUCUGAACCAGAAGGUAUGAUUACAUCAUCUGACUUUUGUUUGGACCCAGAUGAGUUGGAAGGUCUGUUUAAUGAUAAAACUAAGCUGAUAAUUGUGAAUACACCAAAUAAUCCAUUUGGAAAGGUGUUCAGCUAUGAGGAAUUGGAGAUGAUUGCGAAUUUAUGCAAAAAGUGGAAUGUUAUUUGUAUAUCUGAUGAAGUUUAUGAGUGGAUGGUUUAUAAACCAAAAUGCCACAUUAGAAUGGCCACACUGCCGGACAUGUGGGAAAGAACUAUUACAAUUGGUUCAGCAGGUAAAACUUUCAGCGUGACAGGCUGGAAAACCGGAUGGGCAUAUGGGCCGUCUAAUAUUCUAGAAAACAUGCGGGUUGUGCAUCAAAAUGUGGUGUACGUACAUUCCACGCCAAUUCAAGAGGCCAUUGCGUUAGGUUUUGAAAAGGAAAUUGAUCGGAUGGAUAAUGAUCCUGAGAAUUGUUUCUUCUACACAAUUGUGGAUGAAUUGACACCCAAACGCGAUUUUAUGUGCAAAUUCCUAGCGGAAAGUGGUAUGAAACCAGUGUGUCCAGAAGGAGGCUAUUUUAUUCUUGCUGAUUGGUCUCCUAUAGAAAGCCAAAUGGAUUUGUCGACGGAAAAAGACAAAUUCAAGGAUUACCGCAUGGCGAAAUGGAUGGCGAAAAAUGUGGGGUUGUUGGGAAUACCCCCGACAGCUUUUUAUAGCGCACAUAAAGAAUUGGCAGAGAAAUACAUUCGUUAUUGUUUCAUAAAGGAGGAUAAAAAACUCAAGCAAGCAGCUGAAAUUUUAAAGAAAAUGAAACAAUCAUAAAUUCGAAAAGGGUACCUAUACUAUCUACAACAUAAAGAUAUUUUUGUUACUUUAUAAUACCUUAGGAAACUUUAAUAGCUGUGAUUAAAUGUUUGUAGACAUGAAAACAGAAUAAAAGCAUGACCAAAUGCUUGAACUUUAGAUAA